GCACCUUUGAAUUUCCUGCCUCCCUCUUCUUCCACCUCCUGCAUACUAUACCAACAUGGACAGCGCCUCCCUCUUCUCCGUCAGCGGCAAAGUCGUCCUCGUGACUGGCGGCGCAAAAGGCAUCGGCCGCAUGAUCUCGGAAGGCUUCGUCCAAAACGGCGCCAAGGUGUACAUAUCCUCCCGCGACGCAAAAGCCUGCGCGCAGGCCUGCGACGAGCUCAACGCGCUGGGCAAAGGAAAAGCAGACUACAUCACCGCGGAUCUGUACAAAGAGGAGGACAUCACGAAGCUCGCGGCGGAGCUCAAGAAGCGCGCAGGCAAGCUCGACGUGCUGGUCAACAACUCCGGCAGCAACUGGGGAGAGAGCUACGACACGUAUCCGUCGGCGGCGUGGGACCGUGUGCUCACGCUGAAUCUCAAGCGCGUGUUCCAGCUCACGCAGGCGGUGACGCCGCUGCUCGAAGCCGCCGCGACAUCGGCCUCGCCCUCGCGCGUCAUAAACAUCGGCUCGGUAGACGGCCUGCGCGUCCCCGCGCUCGAGACGUUUGCGUACAGCGCGUCGAAAGCGGGAUUGCACCAUCUCUCGCGGGUGCUGGCGAGCCACCUGGGCAAGCGGAAUAUCACGAGCAAUACGAUUGCGUGUGGGCCGUUUCAGAGCAAGAUGAUGAAGGCGACGCUGGAGAAGUUCCAAGAUGCGAUUGAGGCGACGAUACCGCUGGGAAGGAUCGGAAGCCCCGAGGAUGUGGCGGGGACAUGUAUUUGGUUGAGCGGGAGGGCGGGUGCAUAUGUGAACGGGGCGACGAUUGCGCUGGACGGAGGGAGCUUGGUUGGUUCGAAGUUGUAAGCAUGGAAUAGCGGAUUCGUGUAUUUUUCCAUGUACGAUGAUCGAGUUGGAUGGCACUGCAUUUGAAGUAUAGACCGAUUGGAUUUUGUUCAAUCGCGCACUGGGUUAGCAGAGCGCUUGACCGAACGGCGUCUCUCGACCCUUGAGCAGGUUGGUAGGGACUUUGACUCGCACCGCCAUGGGCCUGGUCUUGAGAGAUCCGUACCAAGAUACAAA